AUGGGCGACGUAGAACAGGAGGCAGGUGGCGAUGUACAUGAAGAUCAGUAUUUGGACCAACAUGGUGCCCAGUCCGCCGCUCCCGCAGUACUGGCCCCGGGGAAGCCCCGCAGGCCGCAGGCAAGUGUACAUAUCAAGUUAGAAGAGGUGGUCAGUGAUAACAAAGCCAAGGUCAAAGCACUCACUGGUCCUUCCCUGGCCGUCGACGGCUGUUGUAGCGGGCACGGCGAGCCCGUCUAUGCCGUCGGAGCUCCCCACUUGGUGCAGCGGCAGCUCCACAGCGCCAGCUUCGCCCCCGGGCCACGCCAUCGCCCCACAAGCACAUCACCACACCAUCACGCGACGAGGACACCUCCCAGUCUCACUCAGUCAGCAGAUGCGGGAUGCACGGGCGUGCGAGAUAAUGGGCAGCUGAAUUACGGAAUGGGGCCAAGGUUGCCGACCCGUUGCGCCCGGGGUGCUUGGCAGCACCUACGUCAC